AUGCAUGGAUUAUUCGGGUCGAUGCCAGGAAUUGUUGUGGUAUACGCCGUUGACGUUGUAUCCUCAAGAUUUGGUGUGGUUAAUCCUGUGCUUCCCACUCCAUCAGUUGAUCCAUUUGGUUCUUCAGAUGACACUGAUGGCUCUUCGGUUGACACUGAAUCGGACACUGAAUCGGAGGAGGCGUUAGGAGAUUCAGAUGACACACUUGAUUCAGAAGUGGAAGCAGGAGACUCAGAGGAUUCAGAUGGAGAUGAAGACGCACUUGGAUCCGUGGUAGCUUCAGGAAAUUCAGAUGACGCUGAUUCAGAUGACGAUGCACUUGGCUCAGUAGUGGCGGAUGGAGAUUCAGAGGAAGAACCACCAGGUGAGGUGUCUGAAGGAGUAGAGGAGCCGGAGAUAGAUUCAGAAGUGGUCGCUGAGGCUUCAGUGGACGUUACAGAUUCUGCAGGUGAUGUUGAACUGUCGGCUGGUGUUGUGAUUUCAGAAGAUUCAGAAGAUCCGGAUUCAGUUGUGCUUACGGCACCUGUAGAGGUAUCACUUGGUGUUGUAACUGAAUCGAGUGUGGUGGAAACUCCAGGAGACGUCGUUGUAGAUUCCAUGGAUUCUGUGGAUGUACUAAUCAUCGGUGUAGUCGUCGACACCGCUAUCAUAGUGCACGUCUUGAAUUGA